AUGUUUUUAUUAUUUCUCUCUCUUACAAGAGGAACUGUGUAUAAACGUCUCACUCUAAUGUUUCGCAUGUAGAUCCAGAUGUUUAUUUAUCAUAAUAAUCUCGCGACCCAGACACAUCUGUCACAUUCACAACAAAUUCAAAAACGCAAUAGAAAUGUAACCAAAAAUAGAUACUAAAAUGAGUGCAAUAUUAAAAUUUAUCCGUGAAAACCAUAUACUGGCCCUUAUCGAACAGGCCAUAGCAAAAAAGAAGUCCCGGCUGAGUUUGAACGCGUUUGAAAUCAUCGAAAUACCCGAUUUGCUUUACACCUGCUCUGAUGUGGAACAUCUUUACUUGCAUAGGAACAAAAUUACAGUGGUCCCGGUGGAAAUAACACAGCUGGUGAACCUCACGACGCUAACUCUAGACUACAAUAACAUUACUCAGUUGCCGCCGGAGAUCGGUCAUUUAAAAAACCUGGUGAAUCUAAACAUAAGUUACAAUCCUUUAAAAGUGUUAAUUCCUGAAAUUGGUGAGCUCGAAAACCUUGAGGCUUUCUGGUGCAACAGGAUAGGGCUGCGGGAGAUACCGAAGGAAAUAGGGAAGUUGGAGAAACUCGACACUUUUGGCGCGCGAGGCAAUGAAAUUAUUGCUUUACCUGAAGAGAUAACAAAGUUAUCUAAGCUAAGAUGGUUGACCCUAGAGAACAAUUUAAUAGAGAGGCUGCCCCGCAGUAUGGACAAAAUGGAGGCUCUAGUGCACUGCAACUUACGAAACAACAAAGUCAAGGAGUUUCCACUCUCCAUUCUGAAAUGUCCCGAUCUCAUGUUUCUGCAGCUAAAUAAUAAUCAGAUAUCGUAUCUCCCAUCAGAGUUCGACACGUGUUACCUUUCCGUUCUGGAGAUGAUCGAUCUUCGGCUGAAUCCUAUCUGCGAAUUGGCGCAUCCUGAACAUCCCCUCGUACGUUACGCGGAAGAGCUACCCGCCACAGACAGCACGCUAGUAGACCUGUCUUCUCAACCUUCGAGCAGCAGCCGACAUGGGGCCCAAGCGCUGGCUAUCAACGCGACCGCUCUCAGACUGCCCGCGGUGCCGCCUAAUAGACAUAAUGAACCUAUGGUUAUUGAAAUGGACUUAGACGCGUCCUCAGUGGAAUCUUCAGAAGAUUGGGAGAACAGCGUGAACAGCUCCGAACUGGAUGUUCAGUACCAAAGUGAUGAGGAACGCGCCGAAAAUGAGAUCGCACAAUUCUUUCAGGCCGUUGGCAUGGUGUUGCCAGAGCUAUCCCGCUACGCGUCCACUGCCAGCUGAAUCUCUAACGACUGAACAAUAUCCAAUAUGGCGUCGCACUGGCCGUCGGCCAUCUUGGAUCCGUAAGUUAAAAUGCAUACAGAUUUUGAAAUUUUUCAAUUCUUCUCUGUUCUUUUGUUAAUAUUGUUUCUCAUUUGGAGUAUGACUUUUGAGGAUGAUUUUGAAUAACGAAAAGUUAGGAUUUGAUUUCGAUUUUGCGGGAAUGGAACCAAAUUCAUGAUCAUUGAUUGAUUAAGAUUUUUUAUAAGUUCUUUUCACAGCUUAGGGUACUUAUACCUUUAAGACUGUUCAUAAAUAUAAGAGCUAUUGUCUAUAUUUUUGGAAACAAAAUUCAGUAUUACUAAAUAAUAUGACUACUUAAACAUAUUUUUUGUUUAAAAUCGAUACAAAAGUUUAGAAUCAAAAUUGUAUGGGAUCCUAUCAAAACCUUUUUUUUAAUGACAACUAAUUUUGAAACCGUUCGAAUUCAAAAUUUGUCGAAUAGUAGUAAUCGAAUCGAUAAUACAUCUAUCUUCGUGCUACGGUGAACUGAGCGCUAUCGUUGAACUGUGUUGGGUUCAAAAUUAGUUGGCAGUAAAGGCUUCAAUAGAUCUUUAGUAGAAUGGUAUUUCAUAUAAAAGAUUAGAGAUAUUAAUUCCGUUUCUAAAGCUCUGUAGUUCUGGGAAGUAUAUUAAAAAUAUAUAUUCGUUUUCAUUCUCAAUAAUAUUGUAGAAAAUCCAUAUUAUGUAUAUAUUAUAUAUAUAUGAAGAUUACAUACAACAAUAUAACAUAGAAGAUUCAUUCUCUUUAUACACCGGUAAGAUCACUAUCUAAAUAAAGUUAUUUCUUGAAAAAAAAGCUAAUUACAGACUUACUAUAUCUCAGAUUAAAACUUUUUUAUAAAAAGUUAUUUUUCGUCAAGCACAAAAUAAAGCAAUUAAACAUGAAAUAUAUUUUGCAAAAUAUGUUGCUUUAAGUGAACAUUGUUUAUAUAAAAAUAUAUUUUUGUAUUUUAUAUUCUGUUUUGUAUUAUUAUCAGCCUAGAUUUCUGAAAUUCGUUCUAAUUUGCUGUGAAAUCAAAUGUUGGUUGGUUGCUAAUAUUUUUAAUCAACCUUCAAAAAUAAUAUUUCAUAUUGCAAGUAUAAUUCGUGUUUCAGAAAUUAAGGAUAAGUUUUUUUUAAAGUCUGUGAAUUAUGAAGUCAAUUAUUUACUUUGUUUUUAUUUAUAUGGCUAUGUAAAAUCUUCAUUCACUUUCAUUUUCAAUUGUAAAUACCUAUGUUUACAAAAAAUUGCGCCAUUUUUUUAUAAGGUAAUGAACGUUAUAAAAAAAUGACCAAUUAAGAGGCAGAUAGAAAAUACUGGAGUAUGUUUGUUCUUAUAACUAACUUAUAUAGAUAUACAAUGUGUUUGGAAUUAAACCACGAUAUAUAUUUAAAAAAAUACAAAACUAUAUAACAAAAAAAUACUUUUGGUUUUAAAUAAGUGAAAAAAAUUGAGUUUCAUAUCUUUUUCGCACUGAUAAUCAAAAUAAUGUACCUUUUAUAGGACUUUUGUACUUUUAUCUGUCGAAUGUCAUAAAAAGAAUACUAUGAUAUUUGAAGAUCUAUCUAAAAAAAGUACAUUAAAAUAUGGCCUAUCCACAAAAAAGAUAUUUGGCUUUAUUUUUAAAUUUUACAUUAAUUUCUCAUUUUUGUGUGAACACUACAUGAAGGUUGUACUACAUUAUUUUAGUUUUUGGUUCCUAUUAUUAAGUUAAUUUUGUCAUUAAAAAUGAUAUUAAAUGUGUCAAAAGGGUUCGGGAUUUAAUGUUAAAAGAAAUUGUAAAGAAUAAUUAUAAGUUUAAAAACAAAAUUGUUAAGUUUUAGUUUUAUAAAACAUUAUUUUAAAUCAUCGGGACUACUUUUGUUUACUUGAAAAGUAAAAUUAUGAUCUAAUAAUUGGCUCCGUGCCCUUUUAAAGCCAAUAUUAGGUCUUUACAUUUUUUAAAAUUUCAUUUCUGAACUGUUUGCAAACAAAAGAGUUUGUAACACAUCUAUAGAGUAACUUUUUAUUAUAUUUACAUUACCCCGACUAUACACUUGUAAGAAAUUACCAUAAGCUACUUAUGGAAGGGUUUAUUUUCUAAAUCUAUCGUAAGUUAAUUACGUGACCAAAACAUAUGUAGUAACUAAUGUAAAGCCGGCUUUUCGUAAGCAUUUUAAAGACCAUACAUUUCAAUUCAUCUCUCAAUCUAUUUGUACUUGUACAUAUCGUAUACUGCCACAAAAUGGUGCUAUAUAAACCAUUUACAUUAAUGUCAUUUAAACAUUUUUCGAAUUACCAUAUUAAGGCCAAUUUUCUUGAUACUUGAGUUCUUUUAUAAUAUUUUUUUAAAUUAAAUGCGAUUGUUGUGAAUUGGUGGUAUCACUCUAUUAUCGCCUAUUAUAAGUGCAAAAGUUUGUAUGUCACGCUAAAACUAUUGAAUGGAUUUUGAUAAAACUUAACAGUAAUAAGUUUAGCUUAUGCAUUGGAAUGACAUAUAAGUAGGCUACUUUUUACCCAGGUGAGGGAAGUAGUCCCUAAAGCAGGUGAAACCGCAGUCGGAAGCUUGUAAUUCUUUGCUUGAAAAAGUUGUGCCCCUUUAUCAAGCAAAGACUUGAAUUUUAUAUCAGUAAUCAAAUAAAUAAAAAUGAUAGUUAAUAAAAAACGACCAAAUCAAAUCAAUCAAUUGUGAUAUCACAAGUUGAAAGAUUAUUUGAAAAAAAGGGGAAGUUAAAUCACUUGAAAUUAUUUUGGGUAAAAUACUUGGUAAUCGGUAGGAGAAAUUCAGUAAUCGUAAGAAUACUGGUAAUCGUAUGAGGGAAUUAGGACGUAUAGAUAUGUGAAAGGCAUGAAUUUAUGCCUUAUGCGAGUCAAUCUACAAAAUCAUGAAAUUGUGAAGAUUUUUGUAAUUUAAGAAAAGAACUCAAGGAUUAAGAAUUUGUACUUUUUCAUUAUAAUAUACAACCUUUGUGGUUCUGUACCAAUAUUGAUAUUUGUAUAACAAUGUAUACGUAUUAAUUAGACUACAUAUUUCAAAUUAUCAAUACAUGUAUUUAACCGAAAUUAUUAAAAUACAAAACCAUGUAACAGUAGGCGUAAAAUCUUCAAAAUGUAAUAUUUCAGUCAAAAUUUAGUUUACUAAGAAGACUGUAAGGGUCAUGGCACACAUGAACGGCACAGCUCCAACCCAGCGAUUAACUUGUCAUCAAUAUAACAACCAACGGUGGUUUGACAGCGGGCUACCUAACAACAGCUUCGCUGUUUGGCGAGACGUUCAUAUGUGCCAAGACCUUAAGCCAGACCAAAAUGGCGGAAUUCAGUCUGUUUAAAAAGACAUGUCAAUAUAUCCACAAUAAACUUAAGGAACAUUUACACAGAGUGAAUUUUAUGUAUCGAUCCAUAGACAUAGAAAAUGAUAGAGCGUUCAAUAAAAAAAUACAGCCGGGUAUUUGUCAGUUAGGUAUUUAUAUGGUAAGGCCUUUUAUAGGCGAUACAUAAUAUAGAAUAUCGGGAACGGGGUUUAGUCGUGCUAAAAUUCUCUCUGUGUAAAUGUAGUUUUAUACAGGGCGUUCCAUAUCUAUGAUAAAUUCGGUCUCAUAGCCGUGGGAAGUUCUGUAUUAUGUAGUUAUACUAACGUAGCUUGGCCCUAUAAGGUUACAAGUCUUGGUUGUAAAUAUAUGCUCAUGAUUACGAAUGUAAACAUCUCUUUAUGGUAAUAAAAACACUUUAAAAUU